AUGGGAUUUCUUCCAGUCGCUGUGACCCCACUGAGCCACCAGCAACCCUCACCCCGACACCAAGCCCAGUCACUCUCCAGUCAUUUUCAUUAAUGCUAAAUCCCACAUCCUACACAGCUGCCUUAAAAAAAAGCUUUUGGAAAUUGAGUUGUAAUAAGAUACCGUGCGCUGCCAAGGUGAAUAAGAGGCGGCUCUUGAAUGCCUCUCACUCUCUCUGUCUUUCUCUCUCACACACACACACACACACACACACACACACACACACACACACACACACACACACACACACACACACACACACUUCGCUCCAUGUUGUUCUCAUCUCUUACUGUGCUGCAGCAGUGGGAGAAGGUUACAACCUCCUGAGCAGCUAAUUCCCCAUUGAUCUGCCCUGGGGCACCAGAGCUGUUUACACAGACCUUUAUAGAGAGCAAAGCAUAUUAAAGGCAGAGAAAAGUACUCACGCUGCUGUUGACCACUCUGUUCUGGAUGUUUGUGCACAACAGCAGAACUGAGGGCUAAGGCCCUACCGAGACAUCCCACACUUGGGAUUUGAAGAUGCCGCUGCCAUGAUCAGGGAAGAUAUCUGAGAGCAUUAAGAUAUUGGGAAAAAUAUUGCUCAAUAGUAGAGACCAGACCAUGUGAUCUGUAACACUGAAAAAAGAAAGACAAAUCUAUUUGAUACAGUACACUGCUGUCUAAUCAUGUAAUGUAAUAUAUAUAUAUAUAUUUUUUUUUACGGGUAUGGUUUUAAUUGAUCCACCAAGCACAAACCUAUCAAUACAUUUAAAGCUGUUUGUAUCCAGUGUUGGUUAAUUGUGAGUGUUGACUGACCUACCCCUUCUAGCCACACACAGCUCUCUCGCCAGGUGAUGGUGUCCUGUAUGCAGUAUCAGUGUUCAGGGUUGAAUAUGUUGACUGACCUGUCCUCUCUCUCUGUCUCCACAGAGCUGUCAGAUGUGGAGCCCAACGUAUUCCUGCGGCCCUUCCUGGAGGUGGUACGGUCUGAAGACACCACCGGACCAAUCACAGGCCUGGCCCUCACCUCUGUCAACAAGUUCCUGUCCUAUGGCCUCAUAGGUGAGCAGCAGAGCUGUCCUCAUACAAACAGACCGACAGGUCAGGGCAAAAAAACCCACUGUUGUCCAAUUGGUAAGCAUUGAUGAUACAUACACAGAUGACACUGUAAGGUCUUAUGUCAGUUAUUUAGCCUAAAUAUGGUAAGUAAUGUAACACUGACAUAGAUUUAUGUGUGGGACCACUACAUUGUUCUUAAAAGACAGCUUUCCACGAAGAAGGUGAGUUGGUUAUAUUGUCAGUGUUUCCCCUAUAAUUUCUUUAUCAGCAGUGGUGGCAAACGUAGCGGGGGGGUCUCCCCUGGGUGUUUUUUUUUUUUUUGUAGAACGACAGUGUAGGUCACUUCUUGUGACUUUUUGAAUGGACAUUCUACUCCAAAAUGCAUUAAAAUUAUAUAAUGUUGACACCAUCUGAAAUAUAACUGAUAGGGAUAUGAGGAGGAACUGCACUGUACGGAGAUGAGUAGCCACUGCUCGCUCUGUUUGCUUUUUCCACUUACACAGAGUCGGAUGAACUCAUAGUUUUUAUGUCUACGUGCAGUUUCAAGGAAGUUGAAGGUAGUUUCAUGAGCCAUGGCUAACUAGUGUUAGCACAAUGACUGGAACUCUCUGGGAACAGCCAGCAUGACUUCCAUGUCAUUGCGCUAACGCUAGUUAGCAACUUCCUUCAAUCUGCACGCAGUGACAUAAACAUUGUCUCCGUGAGUUCAUUUGACUCUGGGUAAGUAGAAAAAGGCCUGAAUUGCUGAAAUCUCGCACUAUCCUUUUAAAAGCGCGUCUCGGUAAAAAUAUAAAAAAAUAUACAGUACCAGUCAAAAGUUUGGACACACCUACUCAGUCCAGGGUUUUUCUUAAUUUUUACUAUUUUCUACAUUGUAGAAUAAUAAUGAAGACAUCAAUACUAUAAAAUAACUCAUAUGGAAUCAUGUAGUAAACAAAAAAGUGUUAAACAAAUCAAAAUAUAUUUUAAAUUUGAGGUUCUUCAAAGUAGCCACCCUUUGCCUUGAUGACAGCUUUGCACACUCUUGGCAUUCUCUCAACCAGCUUCAUGAGGUAGUCACCUGGAAUGCAUUUAAAUUAACAGGUGUGCCUUGUUAAAAGUUAAUUUAAACUUAAUGCGUUUGAGCCAAUCAGUUGUGUUGUGACAAGGUAGGGGGGGUAUACAGAAGAUAGCCCUAUUUGGUAAAAGACCAAGUCCAUAUUAAGGCAAGAACAGCUCAAAUAAGCAAAGAGAAACGACAGUCCAUCAUUACUUUAAGACAGGAAGGUCAGUCAAUACGGAAAAGUUCAAGAACUUUGAAAGUUUCUUCAAGUGCAGUCGCAAAAACCAUCAAGCGCUAUGAUGAAACUGGCUCUCAUGAGGACCACCACAGGAAUGGAAGACCCAGAGUUACCUCUGCUGCAGAGGAUACGUUCAUUAGAGUUACCAGCCUUAGAAAUUGCAGCCCAAAUAAAUGCUUCACAAAGUUCAAGUAACAGACACAUCUCAACAUCAACUGUUCAGAGGGGACUGUGUGAAUCAGGCCUUCAUGGUCGAAUUGCUGCAAAGAAACCACUACUAAAGGACACCAAUAAGAAGAAGAGACCUGCUUGGGCUAAGAAACACGAGCAAUGGACAUUAGACCGGUGGAAAUGUGUCCUUUGGUCUGGAGUCCAAAUUGGAGAUUUUUGGUUCCAACUGCCGUGUCUUUGUGAGACGCGGUGUGGGUGAACGGAUGAUCUCUGCAUGUGUAUUUCCCACCGUAAAGCAUGGAGGACAGGAAGUGUUGGGGUGCUUUGCUGGUAACACUGUCUGUGAUUUAUUUAGAAUUGAAGGCACACUUAACCAGCAUGGCUACCACAGCAUUCUGCAGCGAUACGCCAUCCCAUCUGGUUUGGGCUUAGUGGGACUAUCAUUUGUUUUUCAACAGGACAAUGACCCAACACACUUCCAGGCUGUGUAAGGGCUAUCUUACCAAGAAGGAGAGUGCUGGAGUGCUGCAUCAGAUGACCUGGCCUCCACAAUCCCCCGACCUCAACCCAAUUGAGAUGGUUUGGGAUGAGUCAGACCACAGAGUGAAGGAAAAGCAGCCAACAAGUGCUCAGCAUAUGUGGGAACUCCUUCAAGACUUGGAAAAUCAUUCCAGGUGAAGCUGGUUGAGAGAAUGCCAAGAGUGUGCAAAGCUGUCAUCAAGGCAAAGGGUGGCUAUUUUGAAGAAUGUCAAAUAUAAAAUAUAUUUUGAUUUGUUUAACACAGGGUUCUUCAAUUCCGGUCCUGGAGGGCCGAAACACCUCUGUUUUUCCAUCCUCUCCUUCUAAUCAGGGGCUAAUUCAGACCUGGGACACCAGGUGACUGCAAUUAACUACCAGGUAGAAAUAAAAAACAGAAGUGUUUCGGCCCUCCAGGACCGGAAUUGAAGAACCCUGGUUUAACACUUUGUGUUAUUUCCUAGUUUUGAUGUCUUCACUAUUAUUCUACAAUGUAGAAAAUAAGGAAAAACCCUUGAAUGUGUAGGAAGGCGUGUCCAAACCUUUGUCUGGUACUGUAUAUUUUAUUUUUGGAGUGGCGGUAACGAUAUUGCAGCGACAUUGCGCCACUGCUAAAUGAAUAUUGGGAAAACACUUUUGUCAAUCUGUGAGAACUGUCAUCAUGGACUCCCUCUGGCUUUAGGCAUACCAAUAAUGACGGGUUCUCACUAUCAAUUCCUAAAUAUACUUUUUUUUCACCACACAAAUGGCACAGCCUGUCCAUGCUAGCAUCAUCAUGGAAAUAUGGCAGGCGUCCGCCAGUUGUUGUUAAAAGUGUUAAAUAAGCAUGCAUCACCAGAUGUUAUUCUAAAUAGCAGGGGUUGAAUAAAUGUUACAGUACAUCUCUGUCCGUUGAAACAGCUGCAACCUCUCUCUAAACUAAAUAAGCUCCGUUGUGACAUUGAAUAACACCAUAAUUUAUCGCAUCCCUGUCCUGAACAUGUUGUUUUUAUUGAGCUGUAUUUUUAUCAUUCAGCUGUUACGUUGUCCAAUAUUCAGUUAAUAAAACAUAUUUGAAGGGUAGGCUGUGUAAUUUGAUUUCAGCUCCAUGACCAUUGCUAUUGGCACGUGUCUUGAGGUGUACCGUAGUUGUCUUUUUCUGACUGAUCCCACAAGCCCUUAGAAUACCUGGCAAACUGAAUCUAGACACACGCACGCAUGAACGCACACACACACACACAGACUGCACACACACACACCACACGCACCUCACUCACACGCACAACACUCACAAGCACACACCAUCACAGAUCACCCCCUCACAAAUCACUCCCCGGCUUCCAGAGCCGCUGUCCGUAGCCGCUGUCCGUCACUCCAAACCCAACGCCUGCUUCCUAAUCCUAUAACCCCCCCCACACACACACACACACACACACACCUCAUCAGUGGGGUUGAAAGGGACGGGUAACCAUGGCAACGUGACCCAGCGGCCCUCAAGACAAUGGCCCUCCAGCGCAGAAUGAAGAGAAAGAUAUGACACGCUCAGAAAUUACCCUCCGUUUGAAUUCAACCCGUGUUCCUCAAAUGCUGUGAGGUCUUUCCCAGGUUGUUAACACACUGAAGUCAACGGCAUCUUUUUCCCCUAGCCUCCAUCUUAGUCUGCUCACACAGCGAGCGGUCGUUGGAUAUAUUAAGAAACUGAUAAUGGUUAUGAGGUACUGGUUGUAUUGGUCUCUGUACAUCAAUACAUUCGUUUUUCAACUGCAUAUUACCGUACAGUAAAUGUAGUGGAGCUGUAGUUAAAUACUUGGAAACGUUUUACUGAAAUGCGAAAUCAGAGUUGCGACAGAGAUUUUAUCUAUAAAGUAUUAUGAUUUAAAUUGUAAAAUAAAUUCUAGAGCUUUGAUUAAAUUAAAUAGAUACAUUCUAAGCCUUCCUGAAAAGGUUGUAACCUACUGAAAUUGAUUUAUAAUUGUAAUCAAUUUAGAUAUUAACAUUAUUCACUAGAAUAACUUAUUCACUUCACUACUAUAAUAUCUACUUAGAAUCUCAGAUAAGAACAAAGGCAGGUAAUCAAGUUGGUUCUGAGGUCUCGUUGAUUGGCCAGUAAGUAGUGCCAAAUUACACGGCUUAAUUACCAUUUCAGCCCAAAUAGUUCCUAAUACUACCCAGGUUGUUUUCUGGUACUUACGACACGGUCAUUUAGAGGAAGUGCCAGUAGCUAGUCGUUUUGAAUUGACUGCCAAGUCAGAGAGCAACAUGUUACCUUAAUAACCAGGUGAACAACAGACGGUAUCAUGUUCAUAGUGUAAUGUGAGAUUGAAUGAAUGACCUUUCAGAGUCAAUGGGCUUUUAUACUAAUGAGACUGCGCCACCAGUUUAUUCUGAUUAUCUCCAGUGAAAUGUCAGCUUAUUAUCCCUCUGUAGUUCAGACAUUUAUGAGAGCUGGCUGUCUAUAUUAGCUAAAGAUAUGUCAAGUAGCAUGCAUUAGUACUGCACAUGUAGGCCUACUCCAUCUAUCAAAACUUUGGGAAAAUGCAUCUUGCUUUCAAAACCCCAGCCAAAGGAAACAUCUCAAAUAAAGUAAUUUUUACUCAAUUGUCCAUUUGUCACUCCGUUGUACAAGUGGGGUAGUUGAGGUAAGAGGUUUAAAAUAACUUCUGUUGGUAGUGAAUUACUGAUACAAAGACAGGCAGAGGGCUGAUCCUGAUAAACACUGCCAUCUGCUGGCUGCAGUGGCAAAGAUGAUGUUCAGAUUUACUGGUCCGUCACUCGUUUCUGAUCAUUUCUUUUAUGGGAAUUUGUAAUAAUUUAUAUUUUUUCACAUUAGAUGUAUGGUAAAACUAACACUAAAUAGAAUCUCUCAUUUAAUUUCUCAACAUCAGCUUACAUUGAGUAGGGAUGGAUUCACUGAGUUUUUCACUAUACAGUAUAUAGGGCAACAAAGAAAAUAGUUGUUUAAUAGUAUCACGACUGAAAAGUCCAAUUGCCAAAACAUGUUAAUAACAGGGAUAAUGUGGCCACUGGUGGCAUGCUAAAUACAUCGCUCUUAGUCGGUCUGCUUUCUUGUAUAGACGUAGUGGUUUUUCUUUGUCUUUGAAUGAUUACAGACCUCUGCUGUCUCCCGUGCCUGCAACGUGGUGAAGAGGGCUCAGUGCAAGUUUGCACACAUUACUUAAUAUCCCCUCCGAGGCUCCUCUCAGGAGAACCACACCACAGCAUGUAGCCCUGUUCCUUUAACCCUGUGUGUCACUGAACAUGUUCCCCCUCGCGUCGUCCCUUUGUCCCCAUGUCUCCCUUCCCCUGUUUGCAAUGGGCCCUGCCUGACCCCCUCUGUCACCCUGGGGGGUCCGGAGGAGAAGAGAAGAAAAGAGGGAGACAUUUAAUUUCAUUUAGUGAGGGCUAAUUCCGCUCAAUCUGUGGCCUGAGGUCUGCUGGCACGGAGGGACUGCUGGCCUAAGCCCUUCUACUGACAGACAUCCCAAUCCCUACCCCUCUCUUCUCCUCUCCGCUCCUCAACCACAUCCCUCAGAGCCCAGAGGCAGCUCCACUCAGCCUGUGGAAAGCAGCCAUGGCCACACCAGCCUUAUAGGGCUCAUAGGAUGGCUCAACUGAGCUUUUGCCAUCAUUACCCGCUUAAAAGAGAGGCGUAAAAUAUCACACUGUUUUUUUUAUGUGUUUACAUCAUAUAGGCAUUUAUAGGACUUCACAUUUGUUUUACCUAAAGGCCAGUAAAGUAAACUUUGAAUGCAGCGAAACUAUUAUUGCAACAUUUGGAGAUCUGAUAGAGGUAUUUUAUUAAAAUGUUACCUGGGGCUGUCUGACAAUGGGUUGUAGUGGCACUCAGAAGGGGAACAAGUGAGCAAACCUGACUUGACUUAGACCAGGGGAGAGCACCAGUCCUUUUGUUUUGUUUGAGGAGAUGUAUUGGUCGUUGUAUAGUACGUGGAGUUAAUGUGUGUGACAUUCUGAAAGCCACUCUCCUCUCUUUCACUCGGCAGUUCUUUUGAAUAUGGGAGAGUUAUUUUGAACUUCUUACUACAAGUCAGCAUUUCCAGCCCCUCUACAACCACACACACACACACACAAACAUUUUGCUCCACACACAGCCAGUCUCUGGUGUUAUUUUAACAAUGGUCCUCCCCUCCUUAGGCCAUCCUCUGUAGACUCUGCCAAGAGGGAUUAGUAUUCUAUAUCACUUCUGACAUUCUGCUGGAUAGCCCGUAGCUCCAGUUUCUGUGGUGGGAUGAGACGUUUUCAGCGCAACUUCCACGGUUGUUGUCGCCCUCGCCUCUUGAGGGACGUUGGCAUUACUCAGUUUCACUCUGCUAAACGCGUUCCACCGUUUCUUGGCGAACUCGGUGACUCGUAUCAUUCACUCAUUCUCACAGCAUUGACAAAUGCUCCAAGUCUUUACACACACUCAUUCGCUAAGCAUCUCAACUGGAAAGUCACUUCUCCCUCUUCAUUUUGCUAAUGACAGCGAUUAUUGACGGUCGGUGGGAUGAGUGGCACCAGGCUAAACCUCUCCCCCUCCUCCUCCCCCGCCUAAACCCCUCCUAUUGUUUCUGUCAAUAGAUGGAAUGUUGUGUGGCGUCAUGGCGCUACCUGGAAAAGCUUUCACUUAUUAUCCCACUCCUUCCCCUAGUAUGCUCUGCACUUAUUAGGCCUAGUUAAUGAAAUGCUCCUUUAAGAGCGAUGGGAAAGAAAAACAUGCUGGCUCCAGGCUGCUAUCUGGCCCCGGUUGGGUUUCAAAACACUGGCUCCCAUUGCCUUGACAGCCAAUUGGCCAGCAGUACCCACAAAAGGCCACAUCUGGUGAUUAGAUCUCCAGGCUUUGAAGGACCUUCUGGAUUGACCGGCUAUAUUGGUGUGUGUGUGUGUGACCAUGAGAUGUGUAAGACUUAUUGGAUCAACAGUCCAAUCAUGCAGUGCUAUCACUUGUCAGAAAACCUGCGUUCUCGCUGCAUUAUCUCUUUGACAGCAGCUGUCUCGGCAUCAAACAUGCGUUCAUGUAUUGAUUCACUCCUAGAUAGUUUAGUUUCCCCUCUUGCCUUAGAAUGGUAUUUUACUUGGCUUUUUAGCCAUUUUAAUGAUUCAAUUGUUUCAAUUGACCAAAAUGUGUCCUCUGGUCAUAUUGGAGCAGAUUUGUGGUUUAGUUGGUCUGGAAAACAAUGUCUCCAGGUUAAAGGACACAUGAGGAUUUCGUGAACAUCAAACGUUACACAGGUUGGCUUGUUGCACAGUGCUGGCAUCUGUUAAAAAGAGGAUAAUAUCAAUGUGCAUUCCUCUCAAUAAUACUGUCCUCGACCUGCCUGCUUUGAACUGGCCUCCAUGCAGGGGAUACUGCAACACUCUCUCUUUCCCUUUCUCCGUUCUAUCUUGUUUUGAAGGACAAUGCUAUCCAUAUUUGAAUAGGGUAAUGUGCCUCUCACACAGCUUCAGAUGGAGUUGUCACUUUAAUUCAGCUAAAUAGUUGUGAGGGAAGCUUGGCAACUUGAAUUACAUUUACAUUUUAGUCAUUUAGCAGACGCUCUUAUCCAGAGCGACUUACAGUUAGUGAAUACAUAUCUUUUUUUUAUACUGCCCCCCCCCCCCGUGGGAAUCGAACCCACAACCCUGACGUUGCAAACGCCAUUCUCUAUCAACUGAGCUACAUCCCUGCCGGCCAUUCCCUCCCCUACCCUGGACGACGCUGGGCCAAUUGUGCGCCGCCCAUGGGUCUCCCGGUCGCGGCCGGCUGCGACAGAGCCUGGAUUCGAACCAGGAUCUCUAGUGGCACAGUUAGCACUGCGAUGCAGUGCCUUAGACCACUGCGCCACUCAGGAGGCGCCACUCAGGAGAGCAGUGUAUGAAAUGAGCUGUUUAUCAAAUGUCUGCUGAAAAAGAUGAUGAUGACAGCGGACUUCUUGUUGUCUGUCCUGUGCAGAUGCUAACCAUGAGGCAGCAGCGGAGGCCAUCGAGAACAUGGCGGACGCCGUCACACACGCCAGAUUCGUAGGGACAGAUCCCGCCAGCGAUGAAGUAGUGCUCAUGAAAAUCCUACAGGUAAUCUUACAGCAGAAAAUGAUUAAUCAAACAUGUUUAUUUCAAAUGUCACCCUAUUCCCUGUUUACAGUAGUGCGCUGUCAUAGUAUGACACGGCACUAUAUGGGGGAUGGGUUGUCAUUUGAAAAUGUAUGCAAGUGUGUUACAUGCAUGAAUACCCUUUUUGAAGUCGAACAUUUACUUCAUGAUACCUCGUAAAAGCCCAUGUAGAACUGAGAUGGCCACCCUGAAUGUUACGCACACACUCACACGUACACACACACUGUCUGCCGUGACAGGUCCUGAGGACUUUGCUGCUCACGCCCGUAGGAGCCCACCUGACCAACGAGUCUGUGUGCGAGAUCAUGCAGUCGUGUUUCCGCAUCUGCUUCGAGAUGCGCCUCAGCGGUGAGUUCUCUAUCUCUGUAAUUCUCCAAGAACUGCUUCUAGUCCACAUGCUUUGCUAGAAAGGCACUCUAAGCUGUAUUUUAUGAAGCUUUUCCAGGGAAAAAAUAAAGAUGUGAACCCGAUUCCUACGUUAAGCUUCCAUGGCCUCGGGUCCUCCAUCACACCAGCCUAACAUUAUGAUGAGCUCUCCCGCUCAACUCCAACUCUCACCCCUCCAGACCUUCAGCCCUUAGUGAACUAACACCCUUUACCCCUCCCCCAGUCCCUGAGAUGUGCAUUAACAGAACACCCUCCUAAUCCUGGCCAAACACAUACAGACAAGAGGUCCCAGCCUGGCCUCUCUCCUCUUGUCCUCCGGGCUCUAAUGGCACCUGCCCUGUUUGUUUUGCCCUCUCCACAGAGCUCCUGAGGAAAUCAGCCGAACACACACUGGUGGACAUGGUGCAGCUGCUGUUCUCCAGGUAACGGGGGUGGGGUGGGGUGGAUGUGUGUGUGACAAGCGCAAUCCCCCCCACCGUACACUGGGACUGGAAACCUUCAGGAAAUUAACUUCCAGUUUGUCUAUAAAGACCCAUUUCUAUUAGGCUAUUGGAUUAGAGCACCUACCCAGAAACCACUGGGAGGGAAAGGUGUAGAAUUAGGGCUUACUUCACUGUGCUCUGUGUAAAUUGCAAAUCUGUUUAAUUAUACAAGUAUGGGACUUUUUCAUUUGAAGAUAAUUUAGUAAAUUUAAACUCCAAAUGAAAAUCCCUGUCCUUGUCAUCAGACCUGCGAACCAAUGUUUUUGUAAACAACAAUGGUAAACUGUAGUGUAGUGGUACCUAGAGAAGUGGGUAUACUCUAAUUUUGCCACAGAAUUCCCAAACGGCCUUCCCGGCAAAGGAAGGGGCCCUGUGUGAAAACAAAGUUUGUUUUCCUAUAGAUUUAUCAGGGUUUCACUCUCAAAAUCAAACUUUUUUAUUAUGUUCUAAGUCUACAACAAUUCUUAAACCACAUCAGGAGACACAUUUUUUUAGGUACUGUACAAUAUCCUACAUGUGAUGGCAGAGUUUGCAAAAUAAAUGCCCUCCCGAUUGAUACAAAUCAUCACAAUAUCAUUUUGACAGGGUAGGCUUACUUCAGUCAACAUUACAUUUGGGAAGGUUUUUGGGGAAAUCCUUUAGACAUUUUCAUUCAAACAGCCCAUGAUGACUGAAUUGCGCAUCGCAAAGAUUCAACCAAGACUUCGGACCAAACUUUUUCAAUACCUUGUUUGCAUACACAUUGUUGCCUUAGUUAUUAGCAUUUACUGGUAGAUAUAAGUUGAAACGUCUUUUCCACCUACCGUACCGGCUACCAAUGUCGUUCUUCUGUGAGCUGCUCAAUGCAACAACCAGUUGAGAGCUGCGUGCUCUUGCUGCACACAGAUGAUAUUCCACUGAAACUAGGCUACCGGUAUGUGUGCAGCGCACAUUAAUAUAUUUCACGUGCUUUGCGUUUGUGUUAGCUACUUUGUGCAUGAUUUUUCUAUUGUACUAAAUAAUUGAUGGGCAUAUGUCUCCACUUUGAUACGCAUCAGUGGGGAUUAAGAAGUGAGUAUACGCAAUGCCCACUGCGUAUUUCCUCCACUACACCACUGAUGUUAAAGCACCAAUGAUAAUCAUUCAAGUUUUUUAUACUAAAGUCAGUUUACCAUCUAUUGGUGAUACCUUGGAAGCCUCAAUAGGAAUUAUCAUUAAAUACAUUUAACAUCCUCAGCAACACUUUGCGUCUUAAUUUUCCUCUGCAUUCAGAGGUCACUGGUUCACUAAUGCAAUAACAUGUUUUUCUACUGACAUUUAGCAUAGGGUGGCAACACAUCACUCCCUCAGCUCCUCUCCCAGAGGCCCGUACAUUAGACUUCCAGUCACAUCGUCUCACAGACGAGGGGAUGAGCCUGCAGAGCGCCAGACUGUAUGAUCUGCAUAUAGAUGAAGCGGAGCGUCUCCCCCAUAAACACACACACAGAAUUAGAAUGGCCAUUAAUCCCUGCCAGAAAUGAUCAGAAAAUCAUCCAGAAUAGAGUAGUCUCAUUCUCUAAAUGUAUUACGCCUCCCCCUCGCAACCGCAAGAACAAACAGAGCUCAAUAUAAAGUAAUUGUGUAAUUCUGUCUUGGAGGCGCGUGGAUCUCAGACGAGGCUAUUUGAUGCAGGAUUUGUUAAAAAACAUGGUGUUGUCUUUCACAAUAAAGCCAGUUGAUAUCACCAAGUCACCAUCAGCACGUUCUUAGUCCAUUUGUGUCGGUGCUGGGAGUUGUGUUACGCACUGUACCAGCUUGUUAUCAUAUUUCUUACAGCUCUGUUUAUUGGUUGUUGGAUAUUGAAAUGGAAAAUAAUGACAGCCAUUGCAGUAAAAGGAGGCAUCUAUGUCCGUGGUAAAAAGAUGUAGGCCUAUUACUAGAACAUCCCUUUUCACAACAUGCAAGUACCUUGAGGAUGCCUAUAACACCACACACACACACACACUAUCACAGCCCUCAUUUGUCGGCGUCUUUAUUGGCUGGCCAGCCCCCCUCUUGUCCACGGCUCGUCCAUAAUAAAGAUGUGAGCGCCUUGGGCAUAAUGAGCAGCGGAUCUCAUCGAGUGCUCAGGAGGAGGCUUAGAUUGCCUGCUGAAAGUAUUAGGGAUGUUAAUCUGUUGAACCCACAGAUCAUCCAAUAAUCGAGCUUGCAAGACAACACUCUAUUAACGCGGGAGUUAACGUCAGGGGCCCGUCUCCCCCUGUGUGUGUGUGUGUGUGUAUAUGUGUGUGUGUGUGAGACAGCCAGUGACAUCUCAUUCGCCGCAAAGCCCAAGAAUCUACAGAGCACAGGGCGCUCAGACAAUGUGUGAUGAAUACAGAACAUUACGCUGCACAGCUCAUCUAAUCAAGCCACUGAGAAGCUCAUCAUCUGGGUCCGGAAUGAAGAUGUAGGGCCCUCCAAGACAGAUUGCUUCUGUCAGCCUAGUGCCUCAUAAGCAUUGUUCUCUCUCUCUGUUUAUGAUUAUUUUCAUGGAAUUUUGGUUAGUUCAAAAAAGUACUUUUGUUAAGCAAUUGUCAACUUGUACACCAGCUGUUUCUCUUCUACUGUCUGCAAGCCUUUGAGAGAUUUCAUAUUAUUUCAGCUAAGAUGAACAACAAUUUCAGGGUUCUUUGUCCCUGCUUGGAUAUUGACAUACGAGGUUACACAAUACAGAUUUUUUUUCAGUGUGGUCUUUAUGAACAUUCAGAGUAGUCGCCAUGUUAGUCUAAACGGUGUUAUGCAAGUAGCUACUUCCCUUGGCGUCACAAAGUUUGCUAGGGCUUAAAGCCAUCUGUGCUCUCGCUCUGCAUAUUCAGUGUGCAGGUUGAAAUGAAAGUGACUCAUCUUUAAAUAUCCUCUGCAAAUGGACAGAAAUGACUGUGUGGAUAUCAGGUUUUCAUGUCACCUCACGGUGGCUGAUGAAUGAAUUACCUUGAAUUGACGGUAGAGGUUGAGAAGGCACAGGGGCUCAACACAGAGGGAGGAGAGGAUAGGAACAAUUUAUCACAUACCUACAUUAAUGAAUGUAUUUGUCAGAUAAUUGACAUCUAUUUUCCCUUUUUCUUCCAGACUACCCCAAUUUAAAGAGGAGGCCAAAAGUUUUGUGGGUGCCAACAUGAAGAAGGUAAACUCAAAUUAGGCCUAGUUGUUGAAUGUGUCACUAUCUGGCUAUGACUAAUUUGCUUGCAUCACCCCCUCCCCUUGUCUCCCCUGGUUCCUGUCAUCCCCAUGGUGCUGUGAAUAGUCAUUGUACUCUGCAGGGAUGGCCACCGCAACAAACCCUCUAUUGGUUCUGAUACUGUAGAGUGCAUGAAGUAUCCAACAGGGAAAAAGUAAACCUUUUUUGGUCUCUGCUCCCUCACAGCUAAAAAUAAAAGUGUCUUUACACAAUAAUAAUAUAUUGUCUUGUGGUACAGGGUUGAAACUGGAUACCCAAUAUGCCCUUUCCUCCCUCUGCUUCCACCCAUCAAGGUGGCGUUCUUUUCCCAAUAUCACCUCUGUCUCAUCAUAUGCUGCCUUUUAUUUUCUUGUCCUUGUUGAUUUUCUUUGAGUUCCUCCUUUCAAACUGCACAUUUGCCUGUGUUCCCUCCCACAGAUCCCAUCCUGUAUCCUGGACACACAGGAUCUUAUUUGUGCAGAGCAGCCUAUAAACACCAAUCAGAGGGGCUUAGAGAGGGUACUUGAUAAAGACAUAACUUUCAAUUGGCUCUCGGCUAGUGCAUUGAAAUGGGCCAGGAUAGCAUGGCUUUCUGGAGUGAAUGCAUGAAGGCGCAUUUGAGGGCUAUUUCAGCAUUUUCUUAGAACUUGGGUUUCAAGGAAUUUCAUAUUUCCAUAACAAAUAUUUUACAUCCAUUAUUAAAAUUGUUUAUCCCACGUAACAACUCAAUUCAACUUAAUUUAAUGGAAAAUAAAUGUUGGUUAAUGGUUUCAGGCUGUAUGACAAAAUAAGUUACUUCUUCUUUUAGUUUUUGUGUUCAUACCCAUUUGUAUAUUUGCAUUGUGUAGCUUAAAUUGGACAUUUCUGGUUUUAGCCUCAUACCACAAAAAACCCCACAUAAGUGGCACUUUUGUUUCACAAUCGUACCCCAUCAAACCUAGACUCCAAAUGUACAAAUACAAAUAUUAAUGGGCACCAGCUUGGAGCAGUUCAAAUAUGAAGCCUGCCAUUCUGUCUGAUUGCCUACCCUUCACUGUUUUGUCUGCGCAUUCUUGAAUGUCUUCGUAUGGAGCCUGAGCCCCCCCCCCACCACUUCCCCUUCCCCAAACAAGCCCAUCCCUGGGGAGUUUGCAUGGUGCUCUGUUCGGACUCCCCCAUGCAUCACUGAGUCUCUUGUCUGUAUGCUGCUGCUAAAAUGUCAUCCAUCACUAAUCACGGGCACCUGCCCCCUUCUCUCCUGAGGCUUACAAUAUCUUGUGGAAAAACAAACGAGUGCAGGUAAGGAGACUCUGGUGACUGUUGGAGAAUGACCAUCCUUCCAUUCCUAUCCCCCGUGCCCCUCCUCCCCUCUUAUUCAGAACCCACUUGCCGCCCCCUUUUUGAAGAUUCAUACAUGAUGCGAAGGGGUCAAAAUUGUUACAAUAUUUCUCUACCAUUUUGUAGAUGCAUUUAUUUGAUAGAUGUAUUGAUUUAGUUAGAUGAUAUGUACAAUGUAGAGUACACAAACAAACCCAUGCCAUGGGGUUAGUUUGUAGAAUGAAACAGAUCUUACUGUGUGCAUUUUUUGGUGGUUGCUUGAAUUUGUUUCUUGUGAUUUGUCAUUUUUGUUGUAGGGUCUUAUUCACCCUCUUACAUAUAUUGUAUCUUGCCAUUGGGGGAUUUGCUGAACAGGAUGGAGCAUGUGGCUGCAUUUUUGUGUAUGGUGACUGUCUUGUGUUUGUCUGUCUAUUACUUUCUGUUUUAAGAUGGGCAUUGUCCAAAUGUGUAAAUGAUCCAAAAGGAUCCUAUUGCCUUUAAAAGUCCAACCUGAUGCAAUACCCUCGUCUGUACAAUGUGAUAUUACAACACCCCCUAGCCAAGAGCAUACUCAGCGGUUGUGUGUGAAUAUGUGAACUGAGUGUGUUGUACCGGUUCCAGCUAAAGAUGCGUGCUGGUGGGAUGAGCGAGUCGUCAAAGUGGAAGAAGCAGAAGCGCUCGCCCCGGCCCCCCCAUCACAUGGUACGAAGCGCCUCGGGUGGAUUGGAGCAGGCCCCUCCCACCACCCUCAGCAACAACAACCUCUCUGGUGAGACCCCAUCUUCUAAAUAUCUUUUCAUUCUUUUUUAGAUCGGAGUUACGAACAUCUUUUACAUUUUAUUCGUUUUUCAGACGGCAUUAGAAACAUGAUAGUGGGGAUAGACAUAGGAGGUGGUACAUUAAGGAAGGACAGUCGGGCCGAGCAGAGGCUUGGACCCAUGUCGCCGUGGGUGCAAAUGUGGUCAGAAGUCGGGAGCUUGACUGCUAUGCCACACUCCAGCACUUCUAUGAUCUAUAAAUUAACUUUUGAUCUAUUAUUACUACCACGUUGUAAUAACCGGAAGACCGACCAUUGACCGAACAUAUCAAUGCAUGCCACGCCACAUCAAUAACAAAUGCUUCCUUAGUAAUGACCAAAUACCUCUUCGGUAAAUAUAAUCACAUUUGGUCCAGGGGGGCUUCAUUUUAUGUCUUAUCAAACUUAAACCUCAUAGAUAUAUCAAAGUUUAUACUGUCAUGCACUCUAAAGCGGAAAAAUGUAUAUUGCAUAUCUUCAACAACAACAAAAUCUGAUGUAGGUAACCAUGGUCUGUGUGUGUCUACCAGGUGGUGUCCUGUUCAUCGAGCAGGGUAGUUUGUCUGUCCCAGACAGCGUGGCCUCCUCCAUGUCUAGCCCCACAGACAGCGGCCUGGACACUUGCUCCAAAGCCACCUCCAGAGAGGACCUGACAGACCUGGACCAGAGCAGCUCCGCCGCCACCACCCCAGGCACGGCAACUAGCCCUUCCACAGAGCCUGGACGCCUGGACACUCAGGUCAGGGGGGGACACACAGACACUGGAACCAGCUAUGUUGUCUUUCAUUUUGUGCAUAUUUUUUGUCUCUGUUAGAGCUCAUUAAUGUUCAUACACUGAUGUUUCUGUUUCCGCUGCCAGUCUGAGGGGAAGCAGGUGGAUCGUGCCCAGUCAGCCUCGGUGGAGUCCAUCCCUGAGGUCCUGGAGGACAGAGAUUCUGUGACGGAACAUUCAGACUCAGCCUCAAUACACGACAUGGACUACGUCAACCCACGAGGAGUCCGCUUCACACCACAGCAAACACAGAGAGACGGUGAGGAUGGUGAGCCCUCUCAUCACCACCACCACCAACCAGCGUUCAGUUUGGAUUUCACCAUGCCUCAACCUGUUCCACUUUGCGUCUCGCCCUCUGUCUCACCUUGUGUCUCCUUAUGUCUUCUCAUGUCUGUUCAUAUGUAUCAACAUGUCUCACCCCAUGUCUCAACCUAUUUCCCACAACUUGUCUCUGCUUGGGUGUCCUUCAGUCUUACCCAUGUCUUAUUUAAUAUCUCAUGUCUAGGGUUGCAAAAUGCAGGUAACUUUCCCAAUAUUCCCCGGUUUUCCAGAAAUUCUGGUUGGAAUUUACCUGGAAUUACGAGGGAAUAAGCAGGAAAUCCAGGAUUCUUCCAACCAGGAUUUCUGGGAAACCAUGGAAUUUGGGGAAGGUUACAGAAAUGUUGCAACCCUACUUGUGUUUGAUGCCACCAGAGGGCUACACUACAAAGCAGGAUCAAGGCGUUGCCUAAAUAUUGUGAAACAAUCUUAUUGACUCAACAACCAAAAACACAUUUAUAGGUUUAGCUUUCUUAUUGAAUCAGAAAAUCAACAGUUAUUUCUGGUUAUUUAUCGAAGUUAGCUGGCUAACCCAUUGAUCCUGCUUUGUAGUAUACCCCUCUGGAGUCUCACCCUAUGUCCCCAAAUUAUGGCUUUGAAUAAUUUCCUGUUAUGUUUCUUUCAGGUGCGGCUCUCAUCCCCUACGGUCUGCCCUGUCUGCGAGAGCUCUUCCGCUUCCUCAUCUCGCUGACCAACCCCCAUGACCGCCACAACACGGACGCCAUGAUGCACAUGGGCCUGCAGCUGCUGACCGUGGCUCUGGAGGCGGCCCACAUCGCCCCUUACCAGUCACUGCUGGGCCUGAUCAAAGAUGAGCUCUGCAGACACCUCUUCCAGGUACUGUACACCACAGGCUUGGUGGGGAAAAUUAGCCUUCUAUUGUGUCUUCUACACAAUAUGACAUAACUAACAUGUUUUCUUUUUCAGUUGCUAAGUGUGGACCGUAUGAACCUGUAUACCGCCUCCAUACGAGCCUACUUCUUGCUCUUUGAGAGCAUGCGAGGACAUUUGAAGUUUCAGCUUGAGGUAUUUGUAGUGUUUCUUUUAAUUUGUUUUCGAUAUUGUCACACAGUUGUUUGCACACUAAUGACUAGUUUGACACAACCACACGAGUCGUUGUAAAACAACCAACUAAACCGAAUGACCUGGGUUGUGUGCAGAUGUAUCUGAAGAAGCUGAUGGACAUCAUCACGUCAGAGAACAUGAAGAUGCCUUAUGAGAUUAAGGAGAUGGCCCUGGAGGCCCUGGUGCAGCUCUGGAGGAUCCCCAGCUUCGUCACCGAGCUCUACAUCAACCACGACUGUGACUUCUACUGCUCCAACCUGUUUGAAGACCUCACCAAGCUGCUCUCCAAGGUGGGAACUGGGACGCCUGCUCUUUGGCCACUGUCACUCCGGAGAUCUUAGGGUUUUAUUUACUUUCAAAAAAUCUGCAUUAGAAGAGUGUCAACUGUCCCAUUCAGUCAAGGCUUAAUAGUUUAUAUAUUUCAAUUUGAUGCAUAUCAUCAUGCUCCAUGCUUUACAUUUUCAGCGGAACAAUGUUCUCUUUUGUUGACCUAUGGUGUGUUUGUAUCAUGUUGUCUUGCAGAAUGCCUUCCCUGUGUCUGGACAGCUCUACACAACCCACCUUCUCUCACUAGAGGCCCUACUUACUGUGAUUGACAGCACUGAGGCCCACUGCCAGGCUAAGGUGCUCAACAGCACCACUCAGCAGGACCAAUCAGCAGAAACUGUGUUGGCGGAAGGGGAGGGCUCAACCAAUGACUGUGUAGACACAACCACAGGUAUGCAGAUUUCUCUCAGAAAUGUGAUGUACUUACUGCUAUGAUAGUCUCAUACUAGAAUGGGCUUUGUCCAUCAUUGACUAUAGUUGUAUCAGAUGUGGAUAGAGGGGUAGUCAUUAAUAUUUUUCUCAUGUGGUUAUAGAAGCGAGCAGGCAGGUGAACAGUGCCAACGGUCAGAAUGUUCCAGAGGCUGACAGCGUGCCCCUUCCACCUACCAGCGGGCACCUGAUGGCAGAGAAGAUGAGACUGGGCAGACAAGACCAGGAGGAGACAGAACCAGGUAGGUUUGCUUUUACUAACCAGUGGUCAGGUCUCCUCAAGAACUGGGUUAGCAUUUCGGUCUAUAGCCAUGAAUGAAAUAGAAUAAAAGUGAAAAUUGUUGUAUAUAUUUUUUUCAGCUGAGAAGAAAGAACCGACAAAGCCUCAACGCUUCUCGUCUUGUUUACCUGAUUCUCAGGAGCUGUUGGACAUCAGAAAUAAAAAGAAGGUAUGUUUUAUGAUUUUGUUGUAUAUCUGUUUUAAAUAACUUUCAUUGCCGUUGAACGGCGUUUGAGUCUCAAGUUAGGAUUCAACGCUUUGUGUCUUUAAGGUGAAGUGAUAGUAUUUAUUUGUAUGAUUACAGCUGCUGAACUGCGGCACAGAGCAGUUCAAUCAGAAGCCUAAGAAGGGCAUCCAGUUCCUGCAGGAGAAGGGUCUCCUCAGCAGCCCCAUGGACAACAACGAGGUGGCCCAGUGGCUCCGGGAGAACCCCCGCCUCGACAAGAAGCAGAUCGGAGAGUUCAUCAGUGACCGCAAACACAUGGAGCUACUGGACAGCUUCGUCAAGUAGGAGUCUUCUUAUCCUUACCCGGCAGCGUGAUGUACAACCAGUUGGUUUUAAAACAAUACUAUUUUCUGGAUCUUCUCCUUCAUUUAAUUGUAGUGAAACUUGGUUUUGUCAGUUACUAGUGAAGUAAUGAAUGGUGAAGCAGUGAAAUGUGUUUACUUGAACCCUAGGAGUUUGUCUUCAAUCCCUAACAAUUAGUGCAUACAGUUGUGUACUGCAUUUUAUGAGUAUACAAAACAUUAAGAACAACUGACAUAGACUGACCAGGUGAAAGCUAUGAUCCCUUAUUGAUGUCACUUGUUAAAUCCACUUCAAUCAGUGUAGAUGAAGGGGAGGAGACAGGUUAAAGAAGGAUUUUUAAGCCUUGAGACGACUGUGGGAUGCAUUGGCGACAACAUGGGCCAGCAUCCCUGUGGAAUGCUUUCGUCACGUUGUAGAGUCAUGCCCUGACGAAUUGAGGCUGUUCUGAGGGUGCAACUCAAUAUUAGGAAGGUGUUCCUAAUGUUUGGUAUACUCAGUGUAUGUAUAGUUGUGUAAAGAAAGACCUGACAGGAAAUAUACUUAAAAAUAGAAAUAUUAGUGCUUUCUACUUAUUCUUCCAUUCCCACGUGCAGCACGUUCACCUUCCAAGGACUGCGUAUUGACGAGGCGCUGCGUCUGUAUCUGGAGGCCUUCAGACUGCCAGGAGAGGCUCCGGUCAUUCAUAGACUUUUGGAAACCUUCACAGACACCUGGCAUGUAAGUCAGCUGCCUUACCCCCUUGAAAGGAUUUCUCUCUUGUUCUUUCUCUCUUGCUCUCUCUCCCGCUCUCUCCCGCUCUCUCUCUUUCUCUCACACACACACGCAUGCACUGGGGCACACAGAGGGACACACACACUUCUUCCAUUACCGCAUGGCAAGGCAAUCCUUGCCACCAACUGUCCCUAUCCUUUUCACCAACUGUCCCUAUCCUUGCCACCAACUGCCCCUAUCAUCAGGUAAUUACGUCCAGUGGAAUGCCGACCCAGUUCUGAAUCAAGGACAGGGACAUUAAUCACUCAAGUAAUUAGGGGAAUAGGAAAAUGUAGCAGUGCCAAUGGCAAGGCUGGCAUAACAGGGCCAGCCUGUUGAUCGAAGGCAUGGGGGCUGCUCCUUAAAUAACCGGAGAGGGUCGUCCUCGUGACCUGGAAAGUAUUCCUAGUCAUUUAUUUUCAUAGUCUCUCUCCCAUAUACAAUCACCUUGAAUGAGUUUACAGAUAUUCUUAAUGCACACGCGUGUCUUUUUCCACUAUUGAGCAGUCAUGCGUCGUGACUUCACUUUCAGCAGUCAGAACAUAUUUAUUUUUUGGGACAUUAUGCCAACGGUAGUUAUAUUGAUGAGUGUGUAUCUGGAACUAUACCUGAAAUAGUACCUGGAACUCAGCUGUUGAUGUAUAUAUUGAUGGACAGAGGGUUAUAUUAGCGUGUUCCCCUGUGUGUGUAGAAAGUGAAUGGCUCUCCCUUCAUGACCAACGACGCGGGCUUCGCCUUGGCCUACGCUGUCAUCAUGCUCAACACAGACCAGCACAACAACAACGUGCGCAAGCAGAACAUCCCCAUGACUGUUGAGGUAAAUACACACAAUUUAUUUCCCAUGAAGACGCAUCACAAUAAAAUAUGAUUUAUUUGUAUUGAAAUAAAAUGGAAAAUAACUUACUAUACUUACCAUUUUUAAGUUUUCUAUUACCACUACAUAUUGUCUUAUCCUAAGUUGAAAUUCUCAGAAAUGCACCCAUCACCCACAUAUGUUAGAUAUGAUUUCAAUCACUUCUUAUGAGAGCUUUUGUGCCAUGCAGUGAUGGGUUUUGCCAGAGACCCUGUUAAGACCCUUUUAGACACCCUACAUUAGUAUGUUGUACUAGUUCUUUGAGACCCUCUGAUGGUCUGAAAAAGCCGACCUCCAGUAACAGCUGUGCCCAGUGGUGGUCUGUGGGAUGAGAUCAUCCUGGUUAGUCAUGUGAACAGGCGACAGGGGUGGGAGAAGUGAGCGGGGAGUGGACGGGAGGGGGGCGUCCUCUGCUGUCCUGGCUCCCUCUGCUGUCCUGGCUCCCUCUCUCUGUGUGAGUGACAGCGCCUGAAGACUAAACACAAGUCCCAUCGGCAGGGUUCUGAAGAGAGCGCGGGUGGGCCACAAACACACACAACAUUUUGUUUGAAGUAGUCCAAGUUGCCAUUUUGGAAUUAUAAGCUGGAAUGAGAGCAACUGAUUGUUUUUUAACCUUAUAUCUUUCUAGAGGGCAAUGAAAUGCCUACUGUUCAGUUUACUGGCUGUUUAUGGCACAGUAUAUCAUUUGAGAUUAAAGUCCUUACGAUGUGAUGUCUCCAAGUGUCAUACAAAUGCCACGAUAUGAUAUUCUGUGGGAUAAAAUGGACUCGGAGCAUCAUGGCAAGAUUCUAUUGCUCUGAAUUGUGCUAUCAGCUACCGCAUAGCACAACAUUGUAGCUCCCCAACAAAACCUUCAGUGUGGAACAGCUCUGCUCUCUGGAUGUCAGUCCCAUGAUGACUUGGCAGGCAACACGGCCAGCUGCUUUGUCUGUGGCGGCUAUUAUUACCGUCGUCUGCUCCGCUCUGGGGUGAAGGGUGGAGGGGGAUUGGUAUGACAAACACAACCCUGAGCCUGUGGCCCCUGAGCCCUCAUUGUGUUUAUUUCUCUGUCUGUCCAUCCCACUGCAAAGCAUCUCGUGUUUCCCCUCUGCUUUACCUGCCAUCAGCCAACAAGGAGCCUUGAUUGGAUCAGUCAGCACACGGUGGAUGUGUUUAUUCGCUGUGGCUCUUGGCCUUGAUCCUGUAUGUCUAACAUCACACAUAACCGUGUUAAGUGACACAUACGUCGGUGAAGCUCCUUGGCCCCCACCGCCUUAAUUGGUGGACACUCAAUUAGCAAGAGCAUUGCAUGCCUAAGGGUUGGAUACCAGAGCCAGGCUAGCUGGCAGAGCUCCGCAAUGAUUGAUGUGUUGAUGGUGCCCUGAUUCCCGUAUUGUCAGUAUUAACAGUCUUUCUUUUCCCCCUUCAUGUAGCAAUUCAAGAAGAAUCUGAAGGGUGUGAAUGGAAAUACAGACUUUGAUCAGGAUAUGCUGGAGGACAUCUACAAUGCAAUCAAGUAAGCCAUAGUCUUAUCUAGAUCUUAUAUAGAAAUAUUUGUGACGUACACACACACACAAGAUUAAGAAAAUCUAUCUUAUUUCAAGAGAAUAUACUACUCUGUUUUUUUUCAGGUCAAAUGAGCCACCCUAGAUGAUCAGGGUUACCUUAGCAUUCACACACUCAUGGUAUUCUCUGUCCUGUAGGAAUGAUGAGAUAGUGAUGCCAGACGAGCAGUCCGGCCUGGUCAAGGAGAACUAUGUGUGGAGCGUGCUGCUCCACCGGGGGGCCACCUCCGAGGGGGUCUUCCUCCACGUGCCCGCCGGCAGCUACGACCACGACCUGUUCACCAUGACCUGGGGGCCCACUAUCGCCGCCCUCUCCUACGUCUUCGACAAGAGCCUGGAUGACACCAUCAUCCAGAAGGCCAUCGCUGGCUUCAGGUACGCUAGGCCUCCCCAGGGGGUUCUGGACCCAGCGCUGUGGUUCUGAGGAGAUGCUGAAGAAGCAUCCAUUGGGGAAAGCAAUGAAUGAGAGCGAGUCUUGAUGAUAAUCUGCUUGUCGCUCUCCUUUUAGGAAAUGUGCCAUGAUAUCAGCUCAUUAUGGAUUCAGUGACGUGUUUGAUAAUUUGAUCAUCUCCCUCUGCAAGUUUACAACGCUCAGCAGCGAGGUAAGUGCUUAAUUUCAAAUGUGGGAAUCUUUUGCAUUUCACCUACUAGAGUAUUCUAAGGUGUUCCACUGGAUGUGUUCAAUACAGUCAGUGGAGAACCUGCCCACAGUGUUUGGGAGUAACGGGAAGGCCCAGGUAGCUGCUAAGACUGUGUUCCACCUGGCCCACCGGCACGGUGACAUCCUGAGGGAGGGCUGGAAGAACAUCAUGGACUCCAUGCUGCAGCUGUUCAGAGCCGAGCUGUUGCCCAAGGCCAUGGUGGAGGUCAGAACUGCUUCUUUAUUAAUGGCAAUAGUCAUGGACAGGGACAGGCGUAACCAGGAUAGGCUGAGUGGUUUUUCAUGGUCCGGAAAAACAAAUGGCCUCAAUCGUGUUUGAGUACCUCUGGAACACUCAAACCUUCCAUUCAUUUUUCUGGGUGAAAUGGGUCUAUGUUUGAAUUUGGGUGUUAUACUGCCACCUGAUGGUAUAAAACCAGAUAUAACUUCCAUUUUGUGGCAUUUGUUUGCUUAUGUCCAUACAGGUGGAGGAUUUUGUGGAGCCAAAUGGAAAGAUAUCCCUUCAAAGAGAAGAGACGCCUUCAAAUCGGUACCAGUCACCUCACAAUCAUGUCACACAAUCUGUUACGCUCAAAUAGCAGGCUGAUAUCUUUGACUUGUGAAACCUCUGGGAGUUUUUCAAACAUUUAAACCCAGUUCCAGUAAUAUUGUGAAAUGGGUGGCUAUCAUUAAACAUGAAAUGUGUUUUAAAAGUAUUUGACAUCUCUCUGCCUCCCUCUCUCCCAGGGGCGAGUCUGCGGUGCUGAGCUUUGUAAACUGGCUGACUCUGAGUGGAGCGGAGCAGUCUGGUCUACGUGGGCCCUCUACUGAGAACCAGGAGGCCAAGCAGGCAGCAAUGCUCUGUAUCAAGGUACCAGAACUACACCAAUCACCUCUCAUCCUACUGCUUUCUCUCUAUCACACUCAUCCAAAUAGCCUCUGGUGACGUUAUAUUUCUAUGUUUCAUAUAGUGCAGAUUUUAUUUAUUCAUACAUUUUUGUGGCUUUUUGUAUACACGGUCAGUCUGGUAUAGUGAUUUAUUACCUGUCACUCCCCCGCCAGCAAUGUGACCCAGAGAAGCUGAUCACAGAGAGUAAAUUCCUGCAGCUGGAGUCUCUACAGGAGCUGAUGAAGGUAAUCAUAAGAGUCCAGGCAAAUAUUGUCCAACUAAACGUGAUUGGCUGAAUAUGAAUUUCUGAAAUACAGGAAGUAUAAAAUGUUAUAGUAUUGUUUACUAAAAGCUGUUUCUUGUGGACAGGCUCUGAUCUCAGUCACACCUGACGAGGAGACGUAUGAUGAGGAGGAUGCUGCUUUCUGCCUGGAGAUGCUGCUACGCAUCGUCAUGGAGAACAGGUACAGCAGGAGGGAAGAAACGGUGCAAUGUUUGCUUUGAGUCGGAGAACAGUGUGAUCGCCUGUUUGUUUUGUCCCAAGUCCAUUAGGAAUUACAGCAGUCAAAUCAGCUGUUUGAACAUCAGGCUUUGUCUUGUGUGUGUGUGCCUGUGUGUGUAUUAACUUGCGUGCGUGUGUUUAGGGACCGCGUGUCGUCUGUAUGGCAGACGGUGCGGGACCACCUGUGCCACUUGUGUGUCCAGGCCACAGAGAGCUGCUUCCUGGUGGAGAGGGCUGUGGUGGGCCUCAUCAGACUGGCCAUCCGCCUGCUGCGCAGAGAGGACAUCAGCUCCCAGGUACACACACACACGAGAGGGGAAACCAAACUAUCUAGGAGUGCAUCAUUGCUUUAAUGCUGUCAAACAGAUAAUGCAGAGAUGACGCAGGUUUUCUGACAAGUGAUAGCACUGAGUGAUUGGAUGAUUGGACUGUUGAUCCAAUGAGAUUUACAUCUGAUGGUCACACACACACACACACACACACACACUGCUUUGUUAGGUCAAUGUCCUUUAGCCAUUGCAAUCGGUCUUAUCUGGCCUAGUCUUAACAGCAAUUAUAAAGGAGGCUUAAAUUUGUUAUAUAACAAGUGAAAAAGGAUGUUUCAUGUGAUAGUUGUUUGCUGGUAUCAGAUGUUUAAUGUUCUCUGGCUUAAAUGCACACGAUGAACUACCUAUCAGUAUUCUUAGUCUGUGUUGAUCAGUGGGACAAUUUAAUUAGCCAAGUCUUUACUGAUCUAAUCUUUAUUUCCAAGAGGGACCUGGUUUCUUGGUGACCUGGCCUGUAACCUAAAUAGCCUUUAUUAUGUGACUGUCCUAUUGACCUUGAACUGCUUUAUCAUUGCAGUUUCUCGCGAUUGCUUGAACACUUUUCUCAGCAAUGUAAAGAAAAUAGGAAUGUGAUCUACUUUAUAACCCAUGGGAAACCAAACAAGUCCCUAGUGAACACUUUCAUAUGUAUUUAUGGAUUGAUUGUGAAGGAGUUAAAAACUCCCAGUUAUGCAAAAGUGGGUUUACAUGUUGGUUGUAAAAACAUACUAUUAUGGGAGUGAUUUGUUAUUAACCGCAAACAUAUUUUUUUAUUUUUUUUUAUGCUUAAAAAAAUAUGAUUUAUGUCUUAUGUACAGAGUUGUCUGCUGUUUUGCAAAAAGUGUCUUGUGAUGGAGAGUUGCGUCUACUGUUUUGCAAAAAAAGUGUUUAGCAUUUGCAUUGGUGUGAAAACAAGGAGAAAUGACUGUUGUGCAAAAAAGGUUAUAGUUUUGGCCAUGCGGAUCCCAGUUUCGCUCACAUGGAUCACAUGGUGUUUAAGAAAUCGAGAAAAACUAAAUGGAGCAUCAACUUUUGCUCCCAUUUCUUCUAUAAGGUCUUUAAUUGGCUUUCAGUCUGAUCUCUAACACAGAUGGACAUUGUUACAGCCAACUAAUAGUGUAUUCUCCUUCUUCCUUUUCUGUGAACUGGGGCGAUAAGGGCAAACAUCUUAUGUUGCAGGGACUUGAAUCCACAACGUGCUUGUCACAAAUCCCACAUUAGUUAUUCUAAUCUUCUUUUCCAUUCAAAUGUGCAGUGAGACCUAGAACUGUGAGACCUAGCGGAACAGUGAGACCUAGCGGAACAGUGAGACCUAGCGGAACAGUGAGACCUAGCGGAACAGUGAGACCUAGCGGAACUGUGAGACCUAGCGGAACUGUGAGACCUAGCGGAACAGUGAGACCUAGCGGAACAGUGAGACCUAGCGGAACUGUGAGACCUAGCGGAACUGUGAGACCCUCUGCCACCCUAUCUCUAGGUGCUGCUGUCCCUGCGUCUCCUGCUGAUGAUGAAACCACACGUCCUGGCCCGGGUUAGCCGGGAGGUGGCCUACGGCCUCCAUGAGCUGCUCAAGACCAACGCUGCCAACAUCCACUGCACAGACGACUGGUUCACCCUCUUCUCCCUAAUCGAGUGCAUCGGGGCCGGGAUCAAACCCCCCGCCUCUUUCCAGGUCACCUCCACCAGUCCCGACAUCGACACAGGUCAGCCUCUUACACGCACACCAUCACGUGGAAUGGUAGCCUACUUUGUUGGCCUUAGCUGCUGAGAAACCAUACGAUCACCUAGUUUACGGUCAAUUGUAUUGACUUUAUACAAACAGCUCAGAUGUUAUAUAACAGAGCACACAUCCACACUGUUAGUGGUGUGUUUUAAUGUCUGGUAAAAUGUUGUUUCAAUGUCCUGUUUCCACCUUUGUUCCAGGUGCCCAGUCGGACAGUGAGCUGUCGUCCCAUCACCACAGUGAGGUGAGUCUGGACCGGGGCUACACCUCCGACUCUGAGGUCUACACGGAGCACGGAAAGUCCAGGAUGCCCCGCUCUGUCACUGACGUGGACGUGGCCAGCAGCGGAUGGCUGGUGGUGAGAGCCCACACAGUCUCACGUCACCUGCACACACUUUUCUUUCGAGUGUUCAGAUGAUCAACUCCAGAGAUCUUCAUAGCGUUAAUACUAUUUUACGCUGUUUAUUGUGGAAGGCCCCAGAGUGAUAGUAAAGCUUGUGUUAUUUUGUCAUAUCAAUGUCAGUCAAUGCCUCAACAUACGGUACAUCUCACACAGUGUUUAUAUUGGCAGGUUGGUAAAGAUGACCUGGACAUCAACAAGGUACCAGCCUCUGGCUCCAAGCCCCUGCUCAACCCUCUAGUGAACCAGUACAGCCUGACCCUGGGCCAAGACAUGGGCUUCCACGACACCAAGUCCCUCAUCAAGUGUGUGGAGUCCCUCUCCUUCAUAGUACGCGAUGCUGCACAUGUCACCCCUGAAAACUUUGAGCUGUGCGUCAAGGCCAUCCGGGUGUUUGUGGAGGCCAGCCUUAACGGAGGUACGACUUCCUCUUUCAUCACUUCCUGUUGACUGACAAAUCAAUUCCUAUUUCUUUGAGGUCCAUUUUAUAUUCAGUCUUUUUCUAAAGUGUUUCUUGUUUUUUUCAUAACAACUACAAAUCUUCCAACAAUGAAUUCGGCAUUGUAUUUGCGUUUACAUCAAUGCUGUUUUCCAAGCUAACACAUGUCAUCAAACUAUGCUAGAGUAAUUCCUAAAUUAAGCUUUGAUAGUUCUGCAUUUUUGGUGGUUAGUCUCAAAAGCCUUUGGAAGUGGAUCUCAAGGCAUGUCUAUAUAGUGACUAACAUGACUCUGGGCUCCCUGUCUCCCCACACCAACCCUCUAAUUGAGGACUGUGUCACUCGGCUGCCUUUCUCCCUCAUUCAUUCAGCAACAGCAGUCUGUUAGUGAUCUAGACUCUAGAGUAAAGCAGGGAUUACAGUGGGAGGUGGUGCUGGUGCACUCUGCAGGCCUGGCACCACUGAUAGCCUUUUUAUUUCUCCCAGCGCUCCAGGCCCUUAGAUACCUGCUGUCAACACGGCUUUACACACUUAACAAUAAAGUUUGGUCGAUCAAAGACAUCACGCUAAGCACAGCUCUAAUCUAUAUGGGAAGCAAAUGGAAACCGCACAGCCCUAAAACCUGCUAUUACUCAAUUAGAGUUGAUAUACAGGGGCUUGCGAAAGUAUUCACCCCCCUUGGCAUUUUUCCUUUUUUGUUGCCUUACAACCUGGAAUUUAAAUGGAUUUUUGGGGGGUUUGUAUCGUUUGAUUUACACAACAUGCCUACCACUUUGAAGAUGCAAAGUAUGUUUUAUUGUGAAACAAACAAGAAAUAAGACAGAAAAACACGGAAACUUGAGCGUGCAUAACUAUUCACCUCCCCCAAAGUCAAUACUUUGUAUAGCCACCUUUUGCAGCAAUUACUGCUGUAAGUCUCUUGGGGUAUGUCUCUAUAAGCUUGGCACAUCUAGCCACUGGGAUUUUUGCCCAUUCUUCAAGGCAAAACUGCUCCAGCUCCUUCAAGUUGGAUGGGUUCCGCUGUUGUACAGCAAUCUUUAAGUCAUACCACAGAUUCUCAAUUGGAUUGAGGUCUGGGCUUUGACUAGGCCAUUCCAAGACAUUUAAAUGUUUCCCCUUAAACCACUCAAGUGUUGCUUUAGCAGUAUGCUUAGGGUCACACUCCUGCUGGAAGGUGAACCUCCGUCCCAGUCUCAAAUAUCUGGUAGACUGAAACAGGUUUCCCUCAAGAAUUUCCCUGUAUUUAGCACCAUCCAUCAUUCCUUCAAUUCUGACCAGUUUCCCAGUCCCUGCCGAUGAAAAACAUCCCCACAGCAUGAUGCUGCCACCACCAUGCUUCACUGUGGGGAUGGUGUUCUCGGGGUGAUGAGAGGUGUUGGGUUUGCGCCAGACAUAGCGUUUUCCUUGAUGGCCAAAAAGCUCAAUUUUAGUCUCAUCUGACCAGAGUACCUUCUUCCAUAUGUUUGGGGAGUCUCCCACAUGCCUUUUGGCGAACACCAAACGUGUUUGCUUAUUUUUUUCUUUAAGCAAUGGCUUUUUUCUGGCCACUCUUCCGUAAAGCCCAGCUCUGUGGAGUGUACGGCUUAAAGUGGUCCUAUGGACAGAUACUCUAAUCUCCGCUGUGGGGCUUUGCAGCUCCUUCAAGGUUAUCUUUGGUCUCUUUGUUGCCUCUGAUUAAUGCCCUCCUUGCCUGGUCUGUGAGUUUUGGUGGGCGGCCCUCUCUUGGCAGGUUUGUUGUGGUGCCAUAUUCUUUCAAUUUUUUAAUAAUGGAUUUAAUGGUGCUCUGUGGGAUGUUCAAAGUUUUGAUGUUCAAAUGUUUUGAUAUUUUUUUAGAACCCAACCCUGAUCUGUACUUCUCCACAACUUUGUCCCUGACCUGUUUGGAGAGCUCCUUGGUCUUCAUGGUGCCGCUUGCUUGGUGGUGCCCCUUUCUUAGUGGUGUUGCAGACUCUGUUGCCUUUCAGAACAGGUGUACACUACCGUUCAAAAGUUUGGGGUCACUUAGAAAUGUCCUUGUUUUCGAAAGAAAAGCAAUUUUUUUCUCCAUUAAAAUAACAUCAAAUUGAUCAGAAAUACAGUGUAGACAUUGUUAAUGUUGUAAAUGGCUAUUAUAGCUGGAAAUGGCUCAUUUUAAUGGAAUAUCUACAUAGGCGUACAGAGGACCAUUAUCAGCAACCAUCAGUCCUGUGUUCCAAUGGCACGUUGUGUUUGCUAAUUCAAGUUUAUAAUUUUAAAAGGCUAAUUGAUCAUUAGAAAACCCUUUUGCAAUUAUGUUAGCACAGCUGAAAACUGUUGUGCUGAUUAAAGAAGCAAUAAAACUGGCCUUCUUGAGACUAGUUGAGUAUCUGGAGCAUCAGCAAUUGUGGGUUCGAUUACAGAAUCAAAAUGGCCAGAAACAAAUAACUUUCUUCUGAAACUCGUUCUAUUCUUGUUCUGAGAAAUGAAGGCUAUUCCAUGCGAGAAAUUGCCAAGAAACUGAAGAUCUCGUACAACGCUGUGUACUACUCCCUUCACAGAACAGCGCAAACUGGCUCUAACCAGAAUAGAAAGAGGAGUGGGAGACCCCGGUGCACAACUGAGCAAGAGGACAAAUACAUGAGUGUUUAGUUUGAGAAACAGACGCCUCACAGGUCCUCAACUGGCAGCUUCAUUAAAUAGUACCCGCAAAACACCAGUCUCAACGUCAACAGUGAAGAGGCGACUCCGGGAUGCUGACCUAGGCGGAGUUGCAAAGAAAAAGCCAUAUCUCAGACUGGCCAAUAAAAAGAAAAGAUUAAGAUGGGCAAAAGAACACAGACGCUGGACAGAGGAAGAUUGGAAAAAAGUGUUAUGGACAGACGAAUCAAAGUUUGAGGUGUUCGGAUCACAAAGAAGAACAUUUGUGAGACGCAGACCAAAUGAAAAGAUGCUGGAGGAGUGCUUGAUGCCCUCUGUCAAGCAUGGUGGAGGCAAUAUGAUGGUCUGGGGGUGCUUUGGUGGUGGUAAAGUGGGAGAUUUGUACAGGGUAAAAGGGAUCUUGAAGAAGGAAGGCCAUCACUCCAUUUUGCAACGCCAUGCCAUACCCUGUGGACGGCGCUUGAUUGGAGCCAAUUUCCACCUACAACAGGACAAUGACUCAAAGCACAGCUCCAAACUAUGCAAUAACUAUUUAGGUAAGAAGCAGUCAGCUGGUAUUCUGUCUAUAAUGGAGUGGCCAGCACAGUCACCGGAUCUCAACCCUAUUGAGCUGUUGUGGGAGCAGCUUGACCGUAUGGUACGUAAGAAGUGCCCAUCAAGCCAAUCCAACUUGUGGGAGGUGCUUCAGGAAGCAUGGGGUGAAAUCUCUUCAGAUUACCUCAACAAAUUGACAACUAGAAUGGCAAAGGUCUGCAAGGCUGUAAUUGCUGCAAAUGGAGGAUUCUUUGACGAAGGCAAAGUUUGAAGGACACAAUUAUUAUUUAUAUAAAAAAUCAUUAUUUAUAACCUUGUCAAUGACUACAUUUCCUAUGCAUUUUGCUAUAUUUCCUAUUCAAACUCAUUUCUAAGUGACCCCAAACUUUUGAACGGUAGUGUGUGUGUGUAUAUAUAUAUAUAUAUACUGAGAUCAUGUGACAGAUCAUGUGACACUUAGAUUGCACACAGGUGGACUUUAUUUAACUAAUCAUGUGACUUCUGAAGGUAAUUGAUUGCACCAGAUCUUAUUUAGGGGCUUCAUAGCAAAGGGGGUGAAUACAUAUGCACGUAUCACUUUUCUGUUAUUUAUUUUUUAGAAUUUUUUGAAACAAGUAAUUUUUUUUCAUUUCACUUCACCAAUUUGGACUAUUUUGUGUAUGUCCAUUACAUGAAAUCCAAAUAAAAAUCCAUUUAAAUUACAGGUUGUAAUGCAACAAAAUAGGAAAAACACCAAGGGGGAUGAAUACUUUUGCAAGGCACUGUAGCCUUUUGGGUUUAAAAUAAAAGGAAUGCAUUCUUUCCUGGAGAGUUUCCCAAGCGCUAAGUCAUACCCGUCAAAAUAUGACAUCUAUAGACAUAUCAAUUAAGAUCAUUACUAUCAUACUGCACAAUGUCUUACACUAGAAUGGCCAGUCCUAAACUCAUUCAGGUCUUGGUGCUGUAGGCAGCCUUAGGGUAAAGACAUGAGUCACAUGGACAUGACUCUCUGCUAAAAUAGAUUACCCUUGGGAGCAGCAAACAGUGGGCAUUCAAGUGGGCAUUCAUUCUCUUUUCAGAGAUAUCAGUCAACUAUUUGGAGCACAUUUCACCCUCAGGAUAUAUAUCUGUAACAGUGGCUAAAAACGGUCCCUUCAUCUCCACUGACUUACAGGCUACAGGACCCAUGAGAAGAAGAAGAACCACAAGUACGACUCUCAGAAGUCCCGUGUGAGGAGGAAACCUCGGGAGAAAGAAGGUGCAUCCCGCCGCGCCAAGGCCUCCAGCCAGAGGCCCUCCCGUUCCCAUAGCGACGACGAGGAGGACGAGGGGGUCCCGGCCAGCUACCACACAGUGUCAUUACAGGUUAGUCAGGACGUAAGUACCGCAGCCCUCUUUCCCUUCUACCUUGGUCUCUGUGCUGCUCAGGGGCUCUGUUCAGUUGGGUGAAACGUUCAGAACUACAAGACAGACAAUCACGUCUGUUUUACACAAUAUAUUUAUCUAUCUGAAAGUUCUGCAACGUUGGACCCUCCUAAAUAUGCCCCAGGUUUGCUCUGCCUCAGUUGUGUGUGGGCGGGAGGUGGGGUUGCAGAGGAAAGGUGGGGAUUUGGGGAGAUUUCAGCUAUAUCUUUUUCCUCUCUUGUCACAUUAUGGUUGUCAUGGCAAUUAAGCAAUGUUGUGGCGGUGUUUAAUCCUAUUCUUCUUGAACUACUAUUUUCAUUUCCUGUAAUUUAUAUGAGUGAUUAAAAGUGACCUUGUCUGCCAUCUCUUUUCAGAACUAAUUUGGCACUAAUCAGGUAUUCAUGCUCAGUCGACUAAUGCUAUUAUUCACCUCUUAUAUUGCCUAUUUACAAAUGAACUGUCUCAAUGAUCAUUGCUCUAGCUACUCUAAAUGAAAUUAAACUUGCAAACCUCGACUAAUUAAUUGCUUGAAAAGGUAUAUUGUUAUUAGAUAUUUAGGGCAGUGUAGGGUUGCAAAGAGUGGGAAUAUUACCAGUGACUUUAGGAAUUUUGGAAACUUUCAAGGCUUUUAGGGAAUUUUCAUGAAAUGUAAAAGAUAUUCCCCCCAAAAAGAACACGUUUUUUAAUAUAAAAAUAGAAUCAUAAGACUAUAAAACAUUAUCCUAAAUGUAACCCAUCAACUUAGUGAAAACAGUUGCUAUUUAAAAUGAGCAUGGAAAACCCUUCAUAUUUUUGUUUUUUUUGUGUACCAUGUCAAUAUAUAUAUUUGUUGUAAAUGUUUUUGGGUCAAACCGGUGCCAGUUGUGAAAAAAGUCAAUAGUUGGAAGAGCUGUAGAGUUCAUUUAAUAUUAUAUCAUUAGAUGUCCCCCCCCCCAUUAAUUAGGCCAUUUUCUCCAGAACCAUAUGGGAAAUCUAGUAGAAACUCAUGGAACGGAUCAGAUGGACACGUAUAUUAAGAAUAGUAAAUCAAAAGAUUAAUAGUUAUGUUGUAAAAUAGAUUUCCAAACUUUCCUAAAUGUCUUUGGUAAAUUACAGGGAGUUUUGCAACUCUAGAUCUGUGUAACAUGAAUCAUUUAGACAUCACAGAUCAUAACCCAAAUAUAUUGUCUGCAUUAGAAUAAAAUACUUAGACAUGUAAAUUAUAUUUUAAUACAUGUUAUUGAGGAAAUGUCUUGCAGCCAUCAAGACAUUAAGUCAUACUCAUGUUUAGAAUCAAGCUGUAUUGUGAUUAGAAUAGCUAUGACCACAUCAUAUUGACAUGGAGUUCCAUGGUUCCCCUGGCUCAGCUGUUAGACCUGAUGCACACGCUGCACACGAGGGCCGCCAGCAUCUACAGCUCCUGGGCAGAGGAACAGCGCCACCUGGAGGCCGCAGGGAAGAAGAUUGAGGCCGACUCCCAGACACUGUGGACCAGCUGCUGGUGCCCUCUGCUCCAAGGUCAGAAACUUUACCCCCUAGCUAUCUAUAAAACAUAUUUACAUAUAGGCACCACUCAACUCUGGUUAAACACAAUUUAUAAUUGUUUUGUAGUCAUGUUUUCAAUAUCAUUGUGCGUUAUUGUGUGGAACCAAAGGAACAUUUCCUGUUUUCGUGGACAAUACGUUUUUCACAUGUUAAUCCUUUUCUGCUUAUAUUGGAACUGAUUACUAUUAUUUAGAGGAGAGUCAUAUACACUGAUAAAAAAUUUAAACGCAACAUGUAAAGUUUUGUUCCCAUGUUUAAUGAGCUGAAAUAAAAGAUCCCAGAAGUGUUCCAUAUGCACAAAAAGCUUAUUUCUCUCAAAUUUUGUGCCCAAAUGUGUUUACGUCCCUGUUAGUGAGCAUUUCUCCUUUGCCAAGAUAAUUCAUCCGCCUGACAGGUGUGGCAUAUCAAGAAGCUGAUUAAACAGCAUGAUCAUUACACAGGUGCACCUUGUGCUGGGGACAAUAACAAAAUUCCAACAAAUUCCUUGCCAGAAGAUUGGAGGCUGUUAUAGCAGCAGCUACUGAAAUGACCUCCUGAUACUACUGAACAUGACCUCUCCUGAUACUACUGAACAUGACCUCUCCUGAUACUACUGAACAUGACCUCUCCUGAUAUUACUGAACAUGACCUUUCCUGAUUCUACUGAACAUGACCUCUCCUGAUACUACUGAACAUGACCUGUCCUGGUACUACUGAACAUGCACUGAAAACAAUGGGUACAAAAGCCAUAGUAACAUUGAAAAAUAGUAAUCAAUAUAUAUAAAAGCACAGAAUCCCAAACACCAAACAUAAUGUCCAUAAAUCUGAGCGUUGUCAAUGUCAAAGGUGUUCAUUCCACAGACUCGUGUGACGUAUUUCUUCUUGGCGCAGGGAAUUGUAGCUAUCGUUAUCUUCUUAGGCACAGUCUUCUUUUUCUGUUUGGUCUGUUGGGACAGGAAGGACACUGGGCAAUGGGUGCCACUAUUUGGUGCAUGUUUUACUGUAACUUCUGUUGUACUGUAACUUCUAGAACGUAUGCUGUAGCGUUAAGAUUUCCCUUCAUGGAGUUAUCUUUGCUCUCUGUGUAUUGUUUUUGUUUAAAUAUUUUAUUCUUUAAAAUAAUGUACACUACCGGUCAGAAGUUUUAGAACACCUCAACAUUCAAGGGUUUUCCUUUAUUUUUACUAUUUUCUACAUUGUAGAAUAAUAGUGAAGACAUCAAAACUAUGAAAUAACACAUUUGGAAUCAUGUAGUAAUCAAAAAAGUGUUAAACAUUCUUUAAGUAGCCACCCUUUGCCUUGAUGACAGCUUUGCACACUCUUUGCAUUCUCUCAACCAGCUUCACCUGGAAUGCUUUUCCAACAGUCUUGAAGGAGUUCCCACAUAUGCUGAGCACUUGUUGGCUGCUUUUCCUUCACUCUGCGGUCCGUCUCAUCCCAAACCAUCUCAAUUGGGUUGAGUUCCGGGGAUUGUGGAGGCCAGGUCAUCUGAUGCAGCACUCCAUCACUCUCCUUCUUGGUCAAAUAGCCCUUACACAGCCUGGAGGUGUGUUGGGUCAUUGUCCUGUUGAAAAACAAAUGAUAGUCCCACUAAGCCCAAAUCAGAUGGGAUGGCGUAUCACUGCAGAAUGCUGUGGUAGCCAUGCUGGUUAAGUGGGCCUUGAAUUCUAAAUAAAUCACAGACAGUGUCACCAGCAAAGCACCCCCACACCAUAACACCACCUCCUCCAUGCUUUACGGUGGGAACUACACAUGCAGAGAUCAUCCGUUCACCAACACCGCGUCUCACAAAGACACAACGGUUGGAACCAAAAAUCUCCAAUUUGGACUCCAGACCAAAGGACACAUUUCCACCGGUCUAAUGUCCAUUGCUCGUGUUUCUUGGCCCAAGCAAGUCUCUUCUUCUUAUUGGUGUCCUUUAGUAGUGGUUUCUUUGCAGCAAUUCGACCAUGAUGGCCGGAUUCACACAGUCUCCUCUGAACAGUUGAUGUUGAGAUGCUUCUGUUACUUAAAGUCUGUGAAGCAUUUAUUUGGGCUGCAAUUUCCGAGGCUGGUAACUCUAAUGAACUUAUCCUCUGAAGCAGAGGUAACUCUGGGUCUUCCAUUCCUGUGGCGGUCCUCAUGAGAGCCAGUUUCAUCAUAGCGCUUGAUGGUUUUUGUGACUGCACUUGAAUAAACUUUCAAAGUUCUUGAAAUGUUCCGUAUUGACUGACCUUCAUGUCUUAAAGUAAUGAUGGACUGUCAUUUCUCUUUGCUUAUUUGAGCUGUUCUUGCCAUAAUAUGGACUUGGUCUUUUACCAAAUAGGGCUAUUUUCUCAAACACAUUAAGAAGGAAAGACAUUCCACAAGUUAACUUUUAAGAAGGCACACCUGUUAAUUGAAAUGCAUUCCAGGUGACUACCUCAUGAAGCUGGUUGAGAGAAUGCCAAGAGUGUGCAAAGCUGUCAUCAAGGCAAAGGGUGGCAAUUUGAAGAAUCUCAAAUAUAAAAUAUAAUUUGAUUUGUUUAACACUUUUUUGUUUACUACAUGAUUCCAUAUGUGUUAUUUCAUAGUAUUGAUGUCUUCACUAUUAUUCUACAAUGUAGAAAAUAGUAAAAAUCAAGAAAAACCCUUGAAUGAGUUGGUGAUCUAAAACUUUUGACCGGUAGUGUAUGUCAAAGACUUGACUCCACCUAGUGAUGUCCUUUAUCCUAGUAAUUGAACCUACUGAUGUACUUUAUCCUGGUCAUUUAACCUAGUGAUGUCCUUUAUCCUGGUCAGUUUGACGUCUAAGUUUGAACAUUAGUCAUGAAGAUUAUGCUAUUAUUUUAAUGCACAAAAAUACAGUGAAGAGAUCCUGAGGCCCAUUGUGAGAUGCAUUUUUUUUAAGGUAUCUGUGACCAACAGAUGCAUAUCUGUAUUCCCAGUCAUGUGAAAUCCAUAGAUUAGGGCCUAAUGAAUUUAAUUCAAUUGACUGAUUCCCUCAUAUGAACUGUAACUUAGUAAAAUCAAUGAAAUUGUUGCAUAUUGCGUUAUAUUUUUGUUCAGUAUAAAUAUAAGCUUGAAGGUAAAAUGCACUUAGUGUCUUCAGAAAGUAUUCACACCCCUUGACUUUUUCCACAUUUUGUUGUGUUACAGCCUGAAUUUACAAUUUAUUAAAUGGAGAUUUUUUAUAUCAUGGUCUACACACAAUACCCCAUAUUGUCAAAGUGGAAUUAUGUUUUAAAAAAAUUAGUACAAAUUAAUUAAAAAUUAAAAGCUGAAAUGUCUUGAGUCAAUAAGUAUUCAGCCCAUUUGUUAUGGCAAUACUAAAUAAGUUCAGGAGUAAGAAUUUGCUUAACAAGUCACAUAAUAAGUUGCAUGGACUCACUCUGCGUCCAAUAGUUAGUGUUUAACAUGGUUUUUGAAUGACUACCUCAUCUCUGUACCCUACAAAUACAAUUAUCUGUAAGGUCCCUCAGUCGAGCAGGGAAUUUCAAACACAGAUUCAACCACUAAGAACAGGGAGGUUUUCCAAUGCCUCGCAAAGAAGGUCACCUAUUGGUAGAUUAAAAUGUAAAAUAAAUAAAAAAGCAGACAUUGAAUAUCCCUUUGAGCAUGGUGAAGUUAUUAAUUACACUUUGGAUGGUGUAUCAAUACACCCAGUCACUACAACGAUACAGGCGUCCUUCCUAACUCAGUUGCCGGAGAGGAAGGAAACCGCUCAGGGACUUCACCAUGAGGCCAAUGGUGACUUUAAAACAGUUACAGAGUUUAAUGGCUUAAUGGGAGAAAACUGAGGAUGGAUCCACAUUGUAGUUGCUCCACAAUACUAACCUAAUUGACAGAGUGAAAAGAAGGAAGCCUGUACAGAAUAAAGAUAUUCCAAAACAUGCAUCCUGUUUGCAACAAGGCACUAAAGUAAAACUGCAAAAAAUAAGGCAAAGCAAUUCACUUUUUGUCCUGAAUACGAGGCAAAUCCAAUACAACACAUUACUGAAUACCACUCUCCAUAUUUUCAAGCAUAGUGGUGGCUGCAUCAUGUUAUGGGUAUGCUUGUAAUCGUUAAGGACUGGGGAGUUUUUCAGGAUAAAAAAUAAACGGAAUGGAGCUAAGCACAGGCAAAAUCCUAGAGGAAAACCUGGUUCAGUCAGCUUUCCACCAGACACUGGGAAAUUAAUUCACCUUUCAGCAGGACAAUAACCUAAAACACUAGGCCAAAUCUUCACUGUAGUUCCUUUCUAAGAAGACCGUGAAUGUUCCUGAGUGGCCAAGUUACAGUUUUGACUUACCUGCUUGAAAAACUAUGGCAAGACCUGAAUAUGGUUGUCUAGCAAUGAUUAACAACCAACUUGACAGGGCUGGAAGAAUUUUUGAAACGAAUAAUAGGCAAAUGUUGCACAAUCCAGGUGUGGAAAGCUCUGCCAAAGGUGAUUCUAACAUGUAUUGACUCAGGGGGUUGAAUACUUAUUUAAUCAAGAUAUAUUAGUGUUUUAUUUUUAUUUCUUUACAAAUGUCAUACAUUUUUCUUCCACUUUGACACUGAGUAUUUUGUGUAGAUCAUUGACAAAAAAUGACAAAUCCAUUUGAAUCCCACUUUGUAAUGCAACAAAAUGUGGAAAAGGUCAAUGGGUGUGAAGGCACUGUAAUUCACUGAGAUGACCUCUGAGAGAGUGGACUUAGUGGUCUUGACACUCUUGCCAGUCUUAGCUCUUUAUAUCUGACAUAAGUAUCCAUACAUUGUGUGAAUCCCAUAGGGAUAGCCUGGCUGUGCUGUGAUGCCAGGCGGCAGGUGCGAAUGCAGGCCCUGACCUACCUCCAGAGGGCACUGUUGGUUCAUGACCUGCAGACACUAGAUGCUGUGGAGUGGGAGUCCUGCUUCAACAAGGUGAGAGGAGGAUGCUGAACAUCAUAUUUAACAUUAUAGGAGGACCACUGGGAAUAUAUAGUGAAAUAUAUGAUUAAUUAAAAGAGUAGGCACUUGGGGCCAAAUCCUAGCUUGACAUGGGCAUUUAUUUGGAAUUCUAUAGGCAAAUAUCCCAUUGAAAACAAUGCAGUAUUAUGCAAAAGAAUUUUGCCUAUCUCAAGUCUGAAAAUAAGUGGGAAAUAAUUAGGGUGUCUGUCUAAUGUGAGCAUUGUCAGUGUUAACUGUGUUCUAAUUACUGUAUACUGUGUUGCCAGGUCCUGUUCCCCCUGCUGACCAAGCUGCUGGACAAUAUUAGCCCUGCAGAUGUGGGCGGCAUGGAGGAGACCAGGAUGAGGGCCUGCACCCUGCUGUCAAAGGUCAGAGUUCAAUAAACACACAACAGGCAGCCAUUUCAAAGUGUUCAGACCGUAGGGUUAGACUCUUCUACAACGGUGUCUGUUGAAUUGUGGUGUUCUUUUUUAGAGAAAUGGACAAAGUUGCUAAAUCCUUCCGCUGUCUAGCAUUGCUUAUCCGUCUGAAGAGUGAUAGUAUAAUAUGCAGUGUCAGGUAGUGCCUGUCUACCCAUGUAAUCUCUGAAUAUCUCACUGUUUUCCAUUGCUUUGCUCUACCCUAGGUGUUCUUGCAGCACCUCUCUCCCCUGUUGUCUCUGCCCACCUUCGCUGCCCUGUGGCUCACCAUCCUGGAUUUCAUGGACAAGUACAUGCACGCUGGCUCCAGUGACCUGCUGGUAACGAUGCCUAAUAUUACACAGUAUCACAAGUAUCACAUGUUGAUUUUAACUCCUAUUAGCUCAGAUGCUUCUACAGGUAACUGCCAAAAUAAUGGAAACACUUCAGUAAAUGAGGGAUACAAAGUAUAUUGAAAGCACAGGUGUGGAUCCUGAGUUAAUUAAGCAAUUAACAUCCCAUGCUUAGGGUCAUGUAUAAAAAUGCUGGGCAGGCCAUUAUUUUGGCCAUUAUUUUGGCUACCAUGACUAUGCCCCCAAAGGAUGACAAUGCCCCCAUCCACAGGGCACGAGUGGUCACUGGAUUGUUUAAUGAGCAUGAAAACGAUGUAAACCAUAUGCCAUGGCCGUCUCAGUCACCAGAUCUCAACCCAAUCGAACACUUGUGGGAGAUUCUGGAGUGGCGACUGAGACAGCGUUUUCCACGACCAUCAACAUAACAUCAAAUAAUGGAAUUUCUCGUGGAAGAAUGGUGUCGCAUCCUUCCAAUAGAGUUCCAGACACUUGUAGAAUCUAUGCCAAGGUGCAUUGAAGCUGUUCUGGCUCGUGGUGGCCCAACGCCCUAUUAAGACACUUUAUGUUGGUGUUUCCUUUAUUUUGGCAGUUAACUGUAGCUAGUCUAGAACAUCUACCACUUUAGAACUUUCCAACGAGUGGUCAAAUGCAAAGGAGGGCACACUCAAGAAAAGUAGUAGUUAAUGUUCAUUCCUAUUCAGCUCAGGUCAAUCAGUGUUUUUUCCAUCUGUGUGUGAUUGCAUGGCUGAUUGGUUGGUGGUUAUCCCCACGACCCCAGCUGGAGGCCAUUCCAGAGUCUCUGAAGAACAUGCUGCUGGUGAUGGACACAGCAGGAAUCUUCCACAGCGCCGACUCUCGUACGGGAUACUCUGACCUGUGGGAGAUCACCUGGGAACGCAUCAACUGCUUCCUGCCUAACCUCCGGGAGGAGCUCUUCAAACAGACAGUCAUACCACAACCAGGUACUGGACCACACACUACACCUGCAUCUAUUAAGGUGUUGUUUUCUCCGAUAUGUACUCUGCUUUGAGUAUGAACAAUAUAUGAAUGUAGGUUAGUUAGAAUCCACUUCCUACAUGUUUUUCAUGAUUUGUACUUACCCUUAUUUCAGUGUUCUUUCUGCUAUAUAGCUACAUAAAGCCAGAUCACUGAAAUGUAAUGGCUGUCUGUGCUCUGUGUCCAUAGAUCCUGCUCCCAGUCCCCCAGUGGAACUUGCCCAGCCAGCUGCCCCAUCCCCCCCAGCCUCGCCACCCCCAGCCCCAUCUCCCGUGCCAGCUGCCCCCACAGAGCCAAAGACCUCCAGCAGACCAGCGUCGCCCCAAAAUCACCCACCACCUAGUGCCAACGGUAACCAUGUUAACAUGGCCAGUCAAAUAUGAAAUCUGGCCAAAGCCAAUGAUCAAUGAAUCAAUCAAUGUCAGUUUCAUAGCCAACAAUAAAUGAAUGAAUCAAUGUCCUCUCUUCUUCUCUUCCAGGAACUGACAGAUCAUCUCCAGUGCCCCCAUCGACUCCCCCCAUGCCCACCCCAGUGAAGAUGUCCCCCCUGAGUCACUCCCCCAUGAGUCAGUCCCCCCUCAUCCUGCAGCCCCUGGCCUCCCAUCUGCAGGUGGGGGGCGUGCCCCCCAUGUCCCUCCCCAUCAUCCUCAACCCCACCCUCAUUGAGGCCAGCUCCCCUGUCCCCCUGCUCCCUGCCCCCAGGCCCACUGACCUUAGUGACACCCCGGAGAUAAAAUAGAGCCACCAUAGCCCUAUGCCUACUCUCACAGGAGGACACUGUCCCCUACCUGUCCCCUAAACAACAUAGCUGUCUCCUUAGGCUCUGCACCCCUUUGCAGGGGGGGAUAGACCAACUCUAACACAGGGAGACCCUGGACAUGCAUGGUCACCUCUCAGACAACACUAAACAACCACAGACACAUCUAGCUUUGGUCUUAUCUAACAUCCUGGGGACCUGCUGUCCUUCAAUAUUCACGUAUUCAUCAGAAAAUACAUAUUUAUGAUAUACAUAUACGAUGCUACAUGGAUAUUAAGGACAGCACCUAUUUGACUGGCUUCGAUCUUUCCGACUUCUCCUACCGAGUCAGUUUCAACUUGAGCCCUACAAAGUUGACUACGUUGUUAGUAUGCCUGUGCUUAACAAUAAUCUAGAGAUCCUGACAGGAAUAAAAUCAUAGUGAAUAACUUAUUUGGUUUUAGGUACUGCAUGUUGUUU